AUGCCUCCCAUAACCAUGUCCAAGGGCCGCAGCCCCUCAAACGAACCCAACGAAUCCUUCACGCAGAUGGCCGACACAGACCUCGAAUCACUAGGCCGCCACUGUCAAUACGAAUACUGCGGCCAACUCGACUUCCUCCCCUUCCGCUGCGAAUCCUGCCGCAGCACAUACUGCCUCGACCACCGCACCGAAACCGCGCACCAAUGUCCCCGCGAAGGCGAAUGGGCCCGUCGCCGCAACGGCACAACCAACCAAGAAAACCGUCGCGCACCUGAAAAACCCUCCAUCUACAACUCCGAGCAAUGCGCCCACGUCCAGUGCAAAACUCUAAUCAACACGCUCAAAGACCCAGCCGUGCAAUGCCCCCAGUGCAACAGGAAGUAUUGUCUAAAACACCGUUUGCGCGAGGAACACGAAUGCGCCAAGAUUACCCCGCUGGGCGCGAGGCAGGGUAAUUCCGCUUCGCCGAAUGAUACUAUCAAAUCUAUGUUUGCGCGUGUGCGCACUUGGGGCCGCGAUAAGCACCAGGCUGCUACUAGCGGGACGCUGCUGCCGACGCUGCCGAAGAUGAAGCCUAAGCCGAAUAGCCCCGCUGCGCGGGCUGUUGCGCUUAAUGGCCUUAAGCGCACUGCUAAGGGUGAUGCGUCGGUUCCGGCGGAUAAGAGGCUGUAUUUGCAUACUGUUGGAACGGCAGAGACGCAGGCUGCCGACCCGCCGUCGGGGGAUUUCUUUUUCGAUUCGAGGUGGAAGGUUGGGCGGGUGCUGGAUGAUGCGGCGAAGAAGUUGCGCGUUCAGAAUCUGAAUAACCGGGUUGAUGGGGAAGAUUCGAAGCUGCGGGUCUUUCAUGUGGAGUCUGGGGCUUUCCUUGAAUUCUCGGAGGCUAUUGGUGCCGGGAAGGUGAAGCAGGGCGACACAAUUGUGUUGCUGCGCGGCGCUGGGGCUGUUCUCGGGAAUUCAUAG